CAGCAUAUAUCCAACGCACCUUCUGCAGUACAAGGCGGUCUAUUUAAACACGUCAAAGCCCCACCCACUCUUUUACCACGCCGCUCACCUGCUGAACUGCAUGCAGUGUGAUCAUGUCGCUUUGGUGGAGGAAAUAUUCCAGUUUUCUUCUGCCUGAUCGUUUGCCAGAUCAGCUGAUAGCAUCAAACACACUUAAAGGGAGUUUUCCUGUCCUGCUGUUGCAGUCUGGGACCACAGAAGAUCCAUCCAAUGGGAUUUACUCUACUGAUCACCUCAACAAGAGGAGGAAUAUGAUGGGGUGGAGCAUGAAUUCAGGAUGGGUGACAGCUACACUGUUGUUGUUGACCACCUUUGAGAUAAUUCCAUGUUGUGCAGCAGAGCUGGUGGCUCCAAGUAGACUAACUAUUGAAACCUCAAGAUUUACUUCCUUUGUGACAUUCAGCUUAAACUCCUAAAAUCCCAAGGAGACAUAAUGUGGAUAGAUGACUGUCAGCUGCUAAACAGACAACCAGAACUUACAUUUUAAACAAGCGUAAACAUCUUGAAUAAUAGUUGGACAACCUUAACACUCAACAAGAUUUCCUUGAGGGGAGCCAAAAUGUCAAACCCUGACUUCAAGAGACUUGAGCUCUUCAGAAACAUCCUGAAUGUUUGCAGUGUAGACUCAUCUUGUAAUCACUCCCACCUGACUUUCAACAUGAGCAUGUAUGAUGGGCUGGAAAUUGAUGAUGGAUCUCCCUGGCUAAGAAUAGUCAUCUCUGUGGUUUAUUUUAUUGUGGCCACUGCUGGAGUGUUGGGGAACUUGUUAGUAAUGUUCCUGCUGUAUUCCACUCAUACCAUCACAACAGGCAUCAUCAAUUUCUUUGUGUUCAACUUAGCUUUGGCUCACCUACUGUUCUCCCUGGCCUUGCCAUUUUGGGCCAUAGACAUUGCACUGGACUACAGCUGGCCUUUUAGCUUGGCCACAUGCAAGGCUGUAUCAUUACUCACUGGGCUUAAUGUCUUUGCUAGCUGCUUUUUCCUGACAGCUAUGAGUCUGACCCGGUACUGCUAUGUGGCAACUGCGCUCAAACCCAAUGCUUCCCUGUGUAGUAGAUUUUGCACUUCUCCUGUGGCCACAGCUUUUAUCUGGGCUGGAGCACUCGUAGCAGCGGCACCCCGAGCUGUGUUUGCAGAUCUGAGCCGUGUGGGUAGUGGUAACGACACAGCAUGCCUGCUCCGUUUCCCAGACGGUACGGCCUGGCUUGGAAUAAACCAGCUCCUGCGAGUGGUGGUGGGAUUUUUGCUGCCCUACGCCACUAUCAUCCUCUCCUACUUGCUUCUGCUGCGCUUCCUCUGCCGGCAUAAACUGAAAGGCAGCAACUCUCGGCGAAAGGCUGAUGUUUCAAAGUCUGUGGCAGUGGUGGUGCUGUCAUUCUGUGUCUGCUGGUUUCCCUACAAUGUCCUCACCCUUUGGAGUGUCCUGAUCCAACUUGACAUUGUUGAUAUCAGUAACUCAUUCUACUUGGCUCAAACAUACUUUUUCCCUCUGGCUAACUGCUUGGCUUUCACCAGCAGCUGUUUCAACCCUGUUAUCUACUGCCUGGUUCGAAAAGAAUACCGUUUGGCUCUCCAUAAUGUGCUAUUAAAACUUAGCCUGGCGAUUAUGUCCAAGAUGCCCUAUGGCAUUAAUUCUGAUGAGGGAUUGGGACAAGCUGGACAACUGGGCAUUCCCCUCAACAACUUAUACAGCCACACAACCCAGCCUGACACAAGGAGAUUCGCAGCAAUGUCAGCACUUCCAACAGUGGUUUCCAACCUGUAAAGCCACAUUAGAAUUAUUUACACCUAUACUUAAACUUCAUGUGCUUUAUUUUAAGAGUUUUGACUGUGUCCUUUAGAAAGACAGUUCUUUUCCUCUACUUUUCCUGUACAGUGUGUAUUUUUCAGAUCUGAUGUGGUGAAGAAGCCACAUUUUAAAACCGUGCCUGUAGCUUUUGUGGGUCUUGCGUUUUACAGUUUUUGGUGUGCGGAUAGGCUUCAUGAAGAUUUUACCCUUUUUCAGUAAUGGCAUGAUAAUAUAUACAACUUUGUAAAUUUAAUUUACACAAUACACAAUACUGUAACACAAUACAGUUCAAAUUUAGCUUCAAGACGUCCAUCCACUCUGUAUUAGGCCUUCCCAUUUCUUCCACUUCUUCUUAAUAAUUUUAGUAUUAUUACCAUGAAAUAGUGUACAAUAGUUGACUAUUAAAAUAAUAAAACUAUUAUACAAAUUAAUAUUGCAGCACUGUAGUUCUGAAUUGUGGUUUUCUUGGUUUUAGAU